UCUCCGAACAGCACGCUGUAAUGACUUCAUCUAAGCCUCAGCUGUGGGGACACGUCUAUUGAUGGUUUCAUCUGAGCACUGUGAUAGUGAAAGAGUUGAGCAAUGACCAUAGUUGACAAAGCUUCUGAAUCUUCAGACCCAUCAACCUAUCAGAAUCAACCUGGCAGUUCUGAGGCCGUCUCACCUGGAGACAUGGAUGCAGGGUCUGCCAGCUGGGGUGCUGUGUCUUCACUGAAUGAUGUUUCAAAUCACACACUUUCUUUAGGACCAGUACCUGGUGCUGUAGUUUACUCAAGUUCAUCUGUACCUGAUAAAUCAAAACCAUCACCACAGAAGGAUCAAGCCCUAGGUGAUGGCAUUGCUCCUCCACAAAAAGUUCUUUUUCCAUCUGAGAAGAUUUGUCUUAAGUGGCAACAAACUCAUAGAGUUGGGGCUGGGCUCCAGAAUUUGGGCAAUACCUGUUUUGCCAAUGCAGCAUUGCAGUGCUUAACGUACACGCCACCUCUCGCCAAUUACAUGCUAUCACACGAACACUCCAAGACAUGUCAUGCAGAAGGAUUUUGUAUGAUGUGUACAAUGCAAGCACACAUUACCCAGGCACUCAGUAAUCCUGGGGACGUUAUUAAACCGAUGUUUGUCAUUAAUGAGAUGCGGCGUAUAGCUAGGCACUUUCGUUUUGGAAACCAAGAAGAUGCCCACGAAUUCCUUCAGUACACUGUUGAUGCUAUGCAAAAAGCAUGCUUGAAUGGCAGCAAUAAAUUAGACAGACACACCCAGGCUACUACGCUCGUCUGUCAGAUAUUUGGAGGAUACCUAAGAUCUAGAGUCAAAUGUUUAAAUUGCAAAGGCGUUUCAGAUACUUUUGAUCCAUAUCUCGAUAUAACACUGGAGAUAAAGGCUGCUCAGAGUGUGAACAAGGCGCUGGAGCAGUUUGUGAAGCCCGAGCAGCUGGACGGCGAGAACUCCUACAAGUGCAGCAAAUGUAAAAAGAUGGUUCCAGCUUCAAAGAGAUUCACCAUACACAGAUCCUCCAAUGUUCUUACUCUUUCUUUGAAACGCUUUGCAAAUUUUACUGGUGGAAAAAUUGCUAAGGAUGUGAAAUAUCCUGAAUAUCUUGAUAUUCGACCAUACAUGUCUCAACCAAACGGAGAACCAAUUAUUUAUGUUUUGUAUGCAGUACUGGUACACACUGGUUUUAAUUGCCAUGCUGGCCAUUACUUCUGCUACAUAAAGGCUAGCAAUGGCCUCUGGUAUCAGAUGAAUGACUCCAUCGUAUCUACCAGUGAUAUCAGAUCGGUACUCAGUCAACAAGCGUAUGUUCUCUUUUAUAUCAGGUCCCAUGAUGUAAAAAAUGGAGGUGAACUUACUCAUUCCGCCCACAGCCCCGGCCAGUCCUCUCCCCGACCCGUAAUCAGUCAGCGCGUCGUCAACAACAAACAGGCCGUGUCAGGGUUCAUCGGACCACAGCUUCCUUCUCACAUGAUAAAGAACUCACCACACCUGAAUGGGACCGGAUCAUUGAAAGAAACGCCGAGCAGUUCCAUGUCGAGUCCUAAUGGAAAUUCCAAUGUCAACAGGGCUGGUCCUGUUAAUGCUUCAACUUCUGUUCAAAACUGGUCAGUUAACAGGUCCUCAGUUAUUCCGGAACAUCCCAAGAAACAAAAAAUCACGAUCAGUAUUCACAACAAGUUACCUGUUCGUCAAGGUCAGUCUCAGCCUAACCUUCACAGCAAUUCUUUGGAGAACUCUACCAAGCCUGUUCCCUCUUCUACCAUUACCAGUUCAUCUGCAAUACAGUCUACCUCGAGCACGCCUACCACGCCCGUUUCCAGUCAAGUUACAAAGCAGAUGGCCCCGAGUGAGUCCUGCUCCAAGCCCGUGAUGAAUGGCAAGUCCAAGCUGAGUUCAAGUGUCCUGGUCCCUUACGGUGCCGAGUCCUCAGAAGAGUCUGAUGAGGAGGCAAAGGGCCUAGGCAGGGAGAACGGUCUAGGUACGGUCGAGAACUCAAAUUCUUCUGCUCUGGAUGCUGAAGAAGACGAGACCUCUCCGCAUGAGCUUCGAGAACUUGUGUCUCUAAAUGGUGCUAAUAGUACAGACAGUGACCUGAAAGAAAAUGGUCUGUCAUUUGAUGGUGCCAGUUGCCAAGUCCAGCCUGCUCCGCACUCAGAAAAUCCCUUUUCUAAGGCCAAUGGUCUACCUGGAAAGUUGAUGCCUGCUCCUUUGCCACCUCUCCCAGAAGACAAAAUCUUAGAGACCUUCAAACUCAGCAACAAAGGGAAGGGCUCGACAGAUGAACCAAGUGCAACUGGAACAGAGGGAAGCCUGACAGAGCAUCCCGAGGUAGGACUGGAGCCCGGCAGCCCCCCUCCGGACCCCCGGGAGAAGCUGGAGACAGUCACGAGUCUUAGCAGCAAAUUGAAGAAGGCUGUGCCACUCCUGGACCCCAGCAUCAAAUCUACCAAAGAAGUCGUCUCUGAAAGCAUUUCAGCAAAACCUGAGGAGUCUUUCCCCACUGUCAACCAUCUUUGUAAUGGCAACAAGAGUACCGCUGGGGACGAUCACCUGUCUGAACUGUGUGACCCUGGGAAUUUAACAGGUGAUGAGAGCAAAGCAUCCCAGGAUGUAACAGGGACAUUAACAGAGAGUCCCCGGGACUCGGCAGCAGUGGAAGCCACGGGGCGGCUGAGCCCGAGUCCCUUGGCAUGUUCCAGGGGUGACAGUGAGCAGGAACCCUCAGUUUACAGCAGCCGAGACAAGUGCACGAACACUGAAGACGUGUCUGGAAUCACGGGUGUGCCUGCAGACGGGCUGCCCUCUCCUCAGCUGGACAGAGUUACAGAAAACCGUUCAGAAGGGGGUGGAAUUCCCGAACCAAGUCCUGGGGAGCCAUGUGAAGAAAGUAAGGCUGGGCAGAAAGUCCAGGAGCAUUCUCCAGUUAAGGAAAAAAUCAGCAGCCUCCGCAAAGUUGACCGAGGACACUAUCGCAGCCGGAGAGACCGCUCCUCCAGCGGGGAGCACGCGAGGGACAGCAGGAGCAGGACGGAGGACCGCUACCACGGGAGGCGGCACUCCUACACGCGGGAGCGUGCCCUGCAGGCCCGCUACAGGCCCGAGCACUGCGGCGGGGGCCCGCACCACCCUUGCCAGCACCGAGGCCUGGCCAGGCACCACCGCCACCACUCCCGGAGCACAGGAGGGUCCGACCAGGACUGGGGCAGGUACCACCACUCGGAAAGGGAGCACUCCUGGGGCCGGGAGAAGUACUACUCAGACAAAAUGAGGUGGGACAAAUGCAGGUAUUACCAUGACAGGUACACCCCGUACACGGCAAGGGAGGCGUGGGAGUGGAGGCCUUUGCACGGGGACCGAGACUGUGAGCGAGACUGUGAGCGAGUGGGUCAGCAUGGCGGCCGGCCGUACAAGGACUACUAUAAAAGCAGAAAGGGCUAUGAGCUGGUUGCCAAAGAGAGGGAACGCCCCCACUUCAGCAGCCCCCGGGCAGGCCCAACCCACGCCCUGCCCCCCUACCCUGAGAAGUACGCCCACGAGAAAAUGGCUCUGGUACCCGAAGGCAGCGGUUGUCACCUCGCCGAUCGCUUUCACGACCACGAAACUGUCAAGUCACGAAAACGGAGGUACGAUAGUAUAGAGCAUAAUGACACACACGUAGAAAAGAAAGCCUGGAGAAGCUUGCAAAGGGACCCUUUGGAAGAACCUAAAGUGAAGAAGCACAAAAAAUCAAAGAAGAAAAAGAAAUCCAAAGACAAACACCGAGAGCGAGACUCCAGGCAUCAGCAGGACUCAGAUCUCUCAGUAGCAUACUCUGAUGCUGACAUCCACAGACACAGAAAAAAGAAGAAGAAAAAGAAGAGACAUUCAAGAAAAUCCGAGGACUUUGGUAAAGAUCCAGGACUGCACUUAGCUAAGGCCGCCAGCUCUGAGACUGCUGGCCGUGCCCGGAGAGCGGACGGCGGCCGCCCCCUCGCCGAGGGCCCGCCUCUGGAAGGUGUGGGCCCUUUGCGCGAGAAGGCAGAACGCUUAAGGAUGGAGAGCAGGGAUGGCAGGUGUUACCCGUCUGAGUGUGGCCAGGGUGACUGAGAACUUGGCCUCACACACAGAGUUCACUAGUUAUGAUUCAACAUGUUCAACAGAAGCCAUCCCCAACCCAGCUUAAAUUAUAAAUAUAGAAAAUAACUUUGUUCAAAUCUGCGUGGUGCUUCUUUAGUAAAUACUGUACAGAUUUUACCAUGGAGAACUUUUUUUUUAGUUUUUACCUUUUCUUAAUUACCCUUAUUCCAAAUGGAUGAACACUUUCUACAACUGCUGAGCAUUGUAAAAUACCAUGUAUAUAAGUCACAUUAAAAAUACCGCCCUGGAAUAGAACAUCUCAAAUGCUGCUUAAUCACAGACUCAGGUUGAUCACUCGUAUUCCAUGUGAUGCUCCUCCAAGUCAGACAUCCGGUCCAAGACCAGCCGGGAAGCCAUGGGAUUGUUAAAGUAAACAACUGACAGUAUGUAUAUUUAAUUUAAAGACUUAUUUAAAGACCCACAAGCUCUCAACUAGACUUUUGAGAGCAGUCUGUUUUCUGUAAUGUCUGAUACUAGAAACUAAUUUGCUUCAUAUUUUAGUUGUACUCGAGAUUUGAAGGUGUAUUUUAUAGACAAGUUCUGUUUUUGAACUUUGUGGAACUAUUCCAAUCAAUUUACCAGUUA